AUGGGAUUCAAGACGAUGGGUGCCGCCUUCAACAGGAUCUCUGGCGCGGAGUCAAACUGGGAGACAAAGUCGAGGUACCAACUCAACUUUCUGGAUUUGGAGAAACCUUUGACUUUGUGUUGUGGAUUAGAACUGCAGAAGGUCCAUCCGGCCGGCAUCGAGGCAUUCGUUUGGGGCAGGAAAGGUUUCCGCGGGCAUUGCCUCGAAGCGACCGGGGUAGUGGUGGAAUCGAUGCGGAUGUGGAGCGUUGAGCACUGCCUGAGCGUGCGAGCCUCUGUGUUCGAGCGGCAGAAGCCGCAACACCAAGGCCCAGGCAUCCCACGUCCCGGACCUGUGCCAAAAGCAGCCUCCGGUCAGGACGUGCAUGGUGGCCCGAACACUCUGGAGCGGGCCCAGGCUGUGGCCGAGCUUCUUCUGCGAGUCGCUGGCGGCGCCCAGGCCCUCAACCGAGGCACUGGCGUUCUCGAUGUGGCUGGUGGCACAGGCCUGCUCUCUCUGGCCCUUGCUCUGCGUGGGGUGCGCGCCACCGUCGUGGAUCCACGACGAAGCGCAGGUUGCUUGCCAAGCCGCGCGCGCAAGAUGAUGCGGAAGUCAGGUGUCGGUUCCCUCCUGGUCGCUUGCCGCGCCUGGUUUGGUGGGCGACUCCAGGGUGCCGACGACUCCUUUAGCGGAUCCGGCGACGCCGUGCCUGCCUGCGACGAGGCACUUGUCGCUGGCUGCUCCGCGCUGGUCGCGCUGCACCCAGAUGAGGCCACGGAGGCCGUCGUGGACGCGGCGCUCCGCCUCCGGCGGCCGUUUGUGGUGGUGCCAUGCUGCGUGUUUGCUCGCCUUUUCCCCACCAGGACGCUCGAUGGGCGUGCAGUGGCGACGCUGCCGGAGUUUCGCGAGUUCCUUCGCCGAAAGCAUCCAAGCAUUCGCGAGGAGAUCCUCCCCUUUGCUGGAGCGAAUGUGGCCUUGUACGCACCUUUGUGUGACGUGGAGGAUGCUCAAAAAGAGCUCGAAGGCUGCGGGAACAAAAAUGCCGCAGGUGGUUGCAACAUGAGGCGGGAUGACGACGGCUCCGAGGUGGACGUGGCGCACUUGGCUGUCCUUCAGCUGCAAAGCCCAGUGUUGAAGGCCAUGCUGCGAUCGGACAUGCAGGAGGCAAAGACCCUCCGCGUCCAGGUCCAGACAGAGUUUGCCGACGUCUGGCCAAGCGUCGUCCGCUUUUGGUACGGCCUGCCUGUUGACAUUUGCAGCUUCGAGGCCGCCGUGACCUUGCGAAGGGCUGCGCAGUACUACGAGUCUGAGGAGCUGAAGGCCGUCACCGGGGAGCUCCUGAUGGCGGCCAGGCCGUCGGCUCCGAGAAUGGCACUCGUGGCUGAGAGCUUGAGCUUCGAGACCGAUUUUGCGGAUCGUGCCUGGAGCUACCUCGAGGCUCACCCUCGCGAGCUCUUCGCUUCAUCGGCAUGGCCAAGGCUUUCCGAAGCCACCGUCGCCGAGUUGAUGAGGCAGCUCGCUGCCCGCGGGACGGCGUGCGCUGCCGUGAACCUGGCCUCCUUCGCGCCUUGGGGCGCUGGGCGCGUGCCAGGCGCGAGAACGCUCCUGAGACAGGGGGCUCCGGUGAUGGCCAAAGCCACAGGUCUGCCAAUGUGGUCGUUCCAGAGGCUCUGCUUCAGUUGGUCCGAUUUGAGAACAUGUCGCCGAGUGAGCUGCGCUCAUCCGCAAAGCCAAUUCUGCCGGCGGAGCGGUACGUGGAGCUACUUGAGGAGGUCAGUGGUGCCGCACCGGGUCGCUCAAAGCGCCCAGUCCGCGCUUCUUGGCAUGACAGAGAUCUGA